UCCAGCCUACCUCUGCUCCCUUCUGUGUGUCAGCUCUGGUUGUUACCAGCUAUGCUCCUCCAGGUGGUUGCUUUUCAAUGUACCCAGAGUUUUAACAGAUCUGGGGGAAACUGCAUUUUCCUACUGUGCACCAUGGACAUGGAACAAUCUCCAAAAAGAUCUAAAAACACUUAUAUCCAUUGAUGAAUUUAAGGGCAUCAUAAAGAAUGUGGUGACAGAGAUAUGUGCUUGUUUUUCUUGAGAGGCCACGAUGUUUGAAUAGUUGCUGUUUUAUUGUGGAUUUUUGUAUCAUAUGUUGUAUUCGUCGCAUUGUAAUGUGAUUUGAGUGGCUGCUACAUUGGCCAGGUCUCUCUUGUGGGACUUCCUGGUUAAAUAAAGAUUAAAGAUAUUUAAAAAAAAAAAAAAUUAUGGUUCCAGCUUCUCAAAAAUGACGACACUGCUUUCAUUAAAAUUAUUGUUAUGUAUUAAAUUUAUUUAAACCUUUGCUUUUAAUACUUACAUCCAUUUUCCUGAUUUUAUUUACAUUCUUUUACUUAGGUAACAUUUUCAAUGCAGGGUUUUUACUAGUAACAGUGUUUUUACAGUGUGGUAGGCCUAUUAGUACUUUUACUUAAGUAAGGAUUUGAAUAUUUCCUCCACCACUGAUAAAAGAGUAGCUCUCUUCUCAACAAGCAUUUUUGCUAUGUUGCUAUUAAAACGCCUUAACUUUGAAGUGAACCCUUAAAUGCAGUGAUGCUACUUAGACUUAAAGCUCUUGAGUCCAUCUUCCAACAGUGGUAGUAGAAGUGCACACGACACAUUUAGCAUUAGCAUUUGUUUGCUAAUUUUGCACCCGACUUAACAACCGACUGCACGUGCAGCUUCAGAAACAUUCAAACUGACAGACUUGACUUUACCUCCUCUCAUGUGUUGAGAACCAACCAAUAUGGCGGUUAACGUACGCCACCUAGCGUCACUGUAUCCACUUGUGUGUCACAUUCGCAACACUGUAUAUUUCCCAAGCAUUAACAAACAUGGCAGCGAGCGCGCGCUUCAGCACCACCUCGAGAGGCGCGUCUGUCCGCGCGCAGAUAAAGCUGCAGGGGCGCGCGCCGGAAGGUGAGGCGGAACAGAGAGGAAAGUUUGAUCAUCAGUCACACCGACAGCUCCAGCUCAGCCGUGCACGGAGCUCAGGGGCUGCUUUUGUGCGCGUUCACGGCACAGAUUUGGAGAUGUCGGCGCCGUCUCCGCGAGCUUGGUGGUGGAGAGAAAAGUAUUUUGUCUCCUGAAAGGAAGCCAACUAAAAGGACAAAAUGUGUAGAUGAGCAGCCAUCUAUAAUCGAGCUCGGACAAUCAGCCGACCCUGAUUGGACUCUCUUCCCCUCGAAUCAAGUUGCUGCCUGCAGCCGCUGUGGGAGCCGGAGUCGCCAUGGAGACAGUGGUGAUCGUGGCCAUUGGGGUGUUGGCCACCAUUUUCCUGGCCUCCUUCGUCGCCCUGGUGGUGGUGUGCAGACAUCGCUACUGCCACCCUCAUGACCUGCUGCACCACUUUGAAUCCAAACCCACAGUGGAUCUGAUUGGAGCCAUGGAGACCCAGAGCGAGCCGUCUGAGCUGGAGCUGGAUGAUGUGGUCAUCACCAACCCUCACAUUGAGGCCAUCCUUGAGAAUGAGGACUGGAUUGAGGACGCCUCUGGAUUGGUCUCUCACUGCAUCUCAAUCCUAAAGAUCUGCCACACUUUGACUGAAAAGCUGGUUGCCAUGACAAUGGGUUCAGGUGCAAAGGUCAAAGCACCGGCCAGUCUGAGUGACAUCAUCACUGUGGCCAAACGCAUCAGCCCGAGGGUGGACGACGUGGUCAGAUCUAUGUACCCUCCGCUGGAUCCUAUCCUCCUGGACGCCAGGGCCACCGCUCUCCUCCUUUCAGUCAGCCACCUGGUGCUGGUCACCCGCAAUGCCUGUCACAUGUCCGGGAGUAUGGACUGGAUCGACCAGUCGCUCAAUGCGGCUGAAGAUCACAUGGUGGUUUUGCGAGAGGCGGCAUUGGCCUCCGAACCGGAUCGAUGCAUACCUGGAGCCGACGCACAGAGAGAACAGGCCAUCUAGACAGAUUCUGACACAGACGUGAAGGGCUUGGAAAUGUGUCAUUUUAUCCUUGGGCUUCUGUACUCAAAUGGUACUUAACAGGCACAUAAUCUGCCAGACAGUGUUGAAGAGGCACACUUCCCAAACUCAUCAUCCAGUCCAAUUUAAUAAGGACACUUCUGAAGGCUGUGCUGAUGGGUGCAAGGAUUUGACUCUGUCCUUUAUUUCACAUCUCACAUAAAAAAAGACCUUGGAAUUUUUUCCUUUAUCAUAUUUGCACCAAAAAAUGUUUGAGAUUAGUUUGCAUUCACUUCAUCUACAGAGUAAUAUCUGUAAAGUAGAUGUCACACAUUCAGAUACGAGUAGGGUAGAUCUUUUUUAGCGUUAGUCCGUGGAGGCUGCUGCUGCCUGCGAGGGACAGGCCUUGGGAAAUUUGUUUCUCGAGUGCGCCAUCACCCAGCGGUGGGCCUAAAUCCAAUCUCACCAGCACUGCACAGUCACAUGGAGGCUUAGUCAGCUAAUCCAUUCUGAGGAAAAUAACACCCAGUUAGCCAGUGAACCCAAAGGGGCUCCAACUCAGUGGACCAAUGGAAGACCAGCCUGACUUGAUUACAAUUUGUGUGGUCAGCGUGACUUGUGGAUGUUCUAAAACAUCCCUCGGAUACUCUUACAGUGUUGGAAAUCACUGGUCUGUGAGUUGUAACCAAAACAGCAGCAGUAGUUUUAGCCACAUCAGCAGCAGAGUAAGAGUUUUUUCCAGAUGAGUAAUGCCCUUUUGGCCCAUUGAUGGGUUGUAUUAUGGUUAACUGAGGCUGUUAUUGAUGGAGAACCACCACUUCGGUCCACGCUGAAAUAUCUUAGUAUCUACUCAAUAGAUUAGCACAAAAAUUUGGACAAAUGUUCAUGGUUCCCAGAGGAUUAAUCCUAAUGACUUGGGUGAUCCCUUGCCGGUCCUCUAGUGCCAACAGCAGGUCCACAUACAGCAUGCGGUUAUAAGCACCUUGAGAGGGACUGCUCAUUGUUCCGAUGGCCCAAAAUUCCAAAGCCCCUUUAGUCUAAAUAAAUGUCCCAAUGGAGCUAAACCCAUUUCUCCAACAGCUUGUUAUGCCAAAAACAAAAGCUCAUGCUCCAAAGUCCCAUUCUCCGAAAUUAAAUCCUCCCUGCAGUUAAGACGCCAGAAAGAAUAUACACAUUGUACAUUUCUAUAAACCACAGAUAGGUUACAUUUGUACAUUAUUUUGUAGCUGAUAUUGAAAAGUAACAUUGUGGUUAGGUUUAGGCACAAAAAAAACACUUGGUCAUGGUGAGUAAAAGAUCGUGUUUUGGCUCAAAACAUCCUUGUUUGGUGGCACAAAAGCUGCUGAAAAAGCAGGAAUAGGUUGGUGAAAACACCCGUAAUCAUUGGCUCAACCUCUGCUGGGAAUUUGAAAUUAACUACAGGGAGUGCGUAUUUUCCGAGGAACAGGACUUGACAGCAAUGGCUGUUUGUUUUUUGGACAUUGAGCUGGCAAAGAAAUGGCCUUUGGGUCCAAUGGGAAAUGCUUCUAUCUAAUGGGGCAUCGGAAUUUUGGGCCAUCGGAACAAUGGCAUGGCACUAUUUUAAAUGUCGCAACAAGUUGGACUGCCAUGAAAUUUGGCACAGAUGGGCGAAUUCAUGUACCUCACAGGAUGAAUGACUGCGGUCAACUGCGGUUGUCAGUUUUCAUGUAGCACCAGUAAUUUAUAUCAAGUACCUGCAGAAGUAAUGACAUUGCCAUUUGUGUUUAGCGCUAAUUAGCAUGCUAACUAGCUCUAAACUAAAAUGGUAAACAUUAUACCUGCUUAACAGUAGCAUGUUAGAACUGUCACUGUGAACAUGUUAGCAUUAAGCAGUAAAGCAUCAGCUAGCAUGGUUGAGACAGUAAGUCAAGAAACACUUGUUCUUUAAUUCUGACAACGAAAAAUGUUUUUAGAAAAGCUAAAAUUUCCCAUCAAAUUCAACUGUAACUGCUGUUCCUCUCUACAUUUGUCUAAGAAUAAGGAUAUUACAGAAAUAUCAAAGUAGACCAAAACAUUUUAAGCACAUCACCAUCAACUGUUAACUGCUGUUAACUGUACACGCACUAUAUGCAUUGUCGUGUCAGGAGGCUGCUUUGAACAGUGUGCCGAUCGAGGUGAAGCAGGAUUAGCGUGUUGUUUUGGGCCAGAAGGAUGUUAUUGGAGCAUGUCUACCUGCUCUCUCAUGCAUAACUAAUAGUGAGUCCCCAAAGAGUCCUAAUAAGGCAUUACCCACAGCCACAAUGAGCACAUGGGCUUAAGCUACAAUACACAUGGCACAAACCUUUGUACACACAAGGCUGGCAGACAAAUGAACACAGCAGUACAUUGUAUGACGCACGACUGUAAAUACACAUCAUAGAUUUAUGGAGUCAAACACACUUGUUUUAGGAUUUUGGUGACAAUCAGGAAGAGGAGCAGAGUCCGUUAAGUGAGAUUAAGAGACAGCUGUAGCUCUGAGCAUGCAGAGAUGUAUUGAUGGACCCGUAUCAAUAGAGGAGGAAACCUUUAGAAAGUGGUUAGCCUUUUAUUUUUUUCUUGUUUACAUUGUUUAUUAGCAUUUAUCUUUUUUUGUAAGCACUCCUUUGUUUUCUCCUCCUUAUCCCACAGUCUGUUACUGACGUCUUCCCUCACUCCCACACACCUUUUCCUUUUAUCUUUCAUUGAUUUGUACAGAUGGAGUUUCAUAGGAAAAUGUGUUUUGUUUUUUGCUCUGAACAAUAGCUACGGAGAAACCCAUGUCUGAUAAAAAGUCCACACACUCAUACUAAUUCGACAUAAAUAAAAGUGAAAUUCUUUCCUGUUUUUA